GUACUCUCUGAGAGGAGUACUGUUGUGACGAUACAGUAUGGUACAAUAAAACAGCCCACUUUUCUCAACUUUAAAGCUGCUUUCAGAAGAAAAAAACAAACAAGACAGAGGUGGAGAGUUGGCAGACAUGGGCGUAGGCCUCUCCUCAUCUAAUAUUCAGUCUGGGGGGAUGUGAGUGGAGUGCUGCUGUGAUAGACUGAGAUAGAGAGCGCCGGGAGAGGACUGUUGCUUGAGCUUACUACCCAGCAGCAGCGUGCAGCCAUGGACACCACCACGUCCCUGAAGAUGACCUCUCUAGCUGUGCAGAGCCUGUUUGGAUAUGUGGAGGAGGAGAACCUUCCAGCAAUCAAAGCUCACCUAGAUAAGUUCAGAGAUGUAGACAGCAGAAGCGAUAAUGGACAGACUCCUCUCAUGGUGGCAGCAGAGCAAGGAAACCUGGAGAUAGUUCAGGAGCUCAUUCGAAGAGGAGCCAAUGUUAACCUGGAUGAUAUAGACAGCUGGACGUCGCUCAUCUGUGCGGCCAAAGAGGGACACAUUGAGGUGGUCCAAGAGCUGCUGGAGAACGGGGCCAAUCUAGAACACCGAGAUAUGGGAGGCUGGACUGCUCUCAUGUGGGCAGCGUAUAAAGGCCGUACUGAAGUGGCACGGUUGCUUUUGGAAAAGGGAGCCAACCCUAACAUCACUGGUCAGUACAGCGUCUACCCGAUCAUCUGGGCAGCCGGGCGGGGCCAUGCUGAAAUUGUCCAUCUCCUGUUGCAGCACUCGGCCAAAGUCAACUGCUCAGAUAAGUAUGGUACCACCCCUCUGAUCUGGGCUGCCAGAAAAGGUCAUUACAACAGUGUCAUGCAUCUUCUGGCUAAUGGAGCUGAUGUGGACCAAGAAGGAGCGAACUCCAUGACAGCUCUCAUAGUGGCAGUGAAGGGAGGUUACACAGACGUUGUGAAGGAGCUGUUGAAGAGGAAUCCCAAUGUCAAUAUGACAGACAAAGAUGGGAACACUGCCCUGGCCAUCGCAGCCAAAGAGGGCCACACUGAGAUAGUGCAGGACCUGCUGGACGCUGGGACCUAUGUCAACAUCCCAGACAGGAGUGGGGAGACAAUGCUAAUUGGAGCCGUGAGAGGAGGUCACGUGGAGAUUGUGAGAGCUCUUCUGAACAAAUAUGCCGAUAUUGAUGUCAGGGGCAUGGAUGGCAAGACUGCCCUCUACUGGGCAGUUGAGAAAGGUAACGCUACCAUGGUUCGAGACAUCCUACAAUGUAACCCUGACACUGAGAGCUGCACAAAGGAAGGUGAGACUCCACUUAUUAAAGCUACAAAAAUGCGGAAUAUAGAGAUAGUGGAGCUGCUGCUAGAUAAAGGAGCCAAAGUUUCUGCCAUGGACAAGAAAGGCGACACACCCCUACAUAUUGCUAUUAGAGGGCGCAGUCGGAAGCUGGCAGAGCUACUACUGAGAAACCCUAAAGAUGGUCGCCUGCUGUACCGUCCCAAUAAGGCUGGAGAAACACCGUAUAACAUUGACUGCACUCACCAAAAGAGUAUUCUCACCCAGAUAUUUGGAGCAAAGCACCUUUCUCCGACUGAGUCUGAUGGAGACAUGCUGGGGUAUGACCUUUACAGCAGUGCUCUCGCUGACAUCCUUAGUGAGCCCACCAUGCAGCCCCCCAUCUGUGUGGGGCUGUACGCCCAAUGGGGCAGCGGCAAGUCCUUCCUUCUCAAGAAACUAGAAGAUGAGAUGAAGACGUUUGCUGGGCAGCAGAUUGAGCCGCUCUUCCAGUUCUCGUGGCUGGUGGUCUUCCUUACACUGCUGCUCUGUGGCUCAGUGGCUGUUGUCUUGGGUUUUACUGUGGAUCCUAAACUGGCCAUAGCGGUCUCCCUCAGCCUCCUGGCCUUGCUUUAUAUUUUCUUUGUGCUGGUGUACUUUGGAAGUCGCCGUGAAAGGGAGAGCUGGAACUGGGCCUGGGUCAUCAGCACCCGACUGGCCCGCCAUGUUGGGUACCUAGAGCUGCUGCUGAAACUGAUGUUUGUGAACCCACCGGAGCUCCCAGAGCAGACCACACGUGCUCUGCCUGUUAGGUUCUUAUUCACGGAUUAUAACCGCUUGUCCAGUGUGGGUGGGGAGACAUCCAUGGCAGAGAUGAUUGCCACACUCUCAGACGCUUGUGAGAGAGAGUUUGGCUUUAUGGCAACCAGACUUUUCAGGGUUUUUAAGAAUGAUGAAAUCCAAGGCAAAAAGUGGAAGAAAACUUGCUGUGUUCCCUCAUUUGUUCUGUUUGCCAUUACUUUUGGAUGCCUCAUCACUGGAGUAGCCUUGCUGGCCAUAUUUAAAGUGGACCGUGAGAACAUGACUGUAAAUGCAGUGUUGAUAGCUAUGGCCAGUGUGGUGGGCCUGGCAUUGCUGCUGAACUGCAGAACAUGGUGGCAGGUCGGUGACUCUGUCCUCAACUCUCAGAGGAAACGUCUGCACAGUGCUGCCAACAACUUGCACAAGCUCAAGAGUGAAGGAUUUAUGAAGGUUCUGAAACAGGAGGUGGAGCUAAUGUCAAAAAUGGCUAAAACCAUCGAUGGUUUCACACAGAACCAAACUCGGAUGGCUGUGAUCAUCGAUGGCCUGGAUGCUUGUGAACAAGAUAAAGUGCUGCAGAUGCUUGACACAGUGCGGGUGUUAUUUUCCAAAGGUCCUUUUAUCUCCAUUUUUGCCAGUGACCCUCACAUUAUCAUCAAAGCUAUCAAUCAAAAUCUGAACAGUGUGCUGAGAGACUCCAAUAUCAAUGGCCACGAUUACAUGAGAAACAUUGUGCACCUGCCAGUCUUCCUUAACAGCAGAGGCCUGAGCACCGCCAAGAAGCUUUGUAUGGCCACGCCCUCCAACGGGGAUGGAGGGGCCGCGGAGGGAUGGCAUGAAGAUAUGGAACGGAAAUUUUCUCAAAACAACUUGGGCCAAGAUCCACCGAAGUCAGGAACCAAAACUGCCUUAAACCGCAGGGACACUUAUCGGCGGCGUCACAUGCAGAGGACUAUCACCAGACAGAUGUCCUUUGACCUGACCAAGCUGCUUGUGACGGAGGACUGGUUCAGUGACAUCAGCCCACAGACCAUGAGGAGGUUGCUAAACAUCGUCUCCAUCACAGGCCGCUUGCUGCGAGCCAAUCAGAUCCUCUUUAACUGGGACCGCCUGGCCUCAUGGAUCAACCUAACCGAGGAGUGGCCCUACCGAACCUCCUGGAUCAUCCUGUUCCUAGAAGAAAGUGAUGGUGUAUCAGACCAGGUCACGCUCAAGACCAUCUAUGAGAGGAUUUCUAAGAGCAUCCCGACCACAAAGGAUGUGGAGCCGCUGCUGGAGAUCGAUGGAGACAUCCGGAGCUUCGAGGUGUUCCUGUCCUCCAGGCAGCCCUCGCUCACCGCCCGAGAUGUCGAGAUGUUCCUGCCCUGCACUGUCAACCUGGACCCUAAGCUCAGGGAGAUUAUCGCAGAUGUGCGUGCUGCCCGGGAGCAGAUGCACAUGGGGGGAGUGACCUAUCCCACACUGCCCUUGCAGGAGGCGGGGACCCGGGGCCCUUCGGGGUACGGCCAACACCCGGCCACCUGCUCCCCCAAUGGAUCAUUUACCGGAUCUCUGCCCCCUCAGCCUCACAGCGCGUACUUCAGUGGGAUGACCGGUCCCCAGCACCCCUUCUACAACAGGCCUUAUUUUCCCCAACAUGUGUAUCACCUGCCACGGCAUUAUCCGUACCACCCCCCCUCCUCUUCCUCACGCCCCCCCAUUAAACCAGCCCAGCCUAAGGACAACAACGAUGAAUCUCCUUUAAAGUGCCAGGCUUACAAAGUGAAGAAGGUGUCUCCUUCAGCACCAGUCAGCUCUCUUAACACAGAGGCUGUAUGUGAGCGAAUCAAACUCAUCGAUGGAAUUGAUCCCAAUAUGCUUUCUCACUACAGUGCCACCAUCAAGAAGGCCAAUAUCAAUGGCCGUGUGCUAAUGCACUGUAACCUGGAUGACCUGAAGAAGGAGAUGGGGAUGAACUUUGGUGACUGGCAGCUCUUUAGGGGGAUGGUGUUAGAGCAGAGGCUCGCUGAGAGCCAAGGCCUGCUGCUGGAGGAGUCACGGGCCCCCAGUGAACAGGACAGCAGUGUUGUGCUCCCCUCCACAACUCGAGAGCCUCCAGAGCCCCAUGCCUUCAGCCUGAACUUGAGCUUUGAGGAACUGAGUGCCGCGGGCCUGGAUGAACCCCCUCGUCAGAGCUACGGCUACAGCAGCUCCCACUGGCCGGUGACAAAUUACCGCACAUCAAGCGUGUCAAGCCUCACCUCACAGGAAUCCUCCGUGGACUUCUGCAAACUGAGCGAUCGGCAGCAGGCCAAGUACAACGACGCCUACAGGGAGUAUAUCUCCCAGGUGGGACAGCUGGAGGGGUCUGGGGCCCAGCACACUGAAGAAAAAGCAGCCAAGGAGGGCUCUGACCAUGAUUGCCGCAAGUCCUUCUCUAAACCAGGCUCCAAAGGAUGUGAUGCCCCCGACUUCUCAGGGAACGAUAUCCAGCAAUUGGAUCCCAUCAGCGAGGAGGAUGAGAAGCUGGACCAUAGCUCCUCAUCUAGGGUGAAGGGGGACUCGUACCAAAAACUGCCCAGCGAUGAAGACUCUGGGCCAGAGGAGGACAACACCACCCCCCUGCUGCACAAAGAGAAAGGAGGUGCCUCAAACAAGGCCACUGGGCUGCUCAACAAACCCACUUUCCUCUCAGACAUCCUCCUGGACAAGAAGGACUCAUCUGACUCAGGGAUGCGUUCCAGCGACAGCUCAUCUGACCGCUCUCUGGAGGAGGUGGACGCCUCUAAAGCCAACCUGAUGGAGCUGGAGGGCCUGAUGAAGAGGGGUCCGAGUGGGCUGCCGGAGAGCACCGUAGCUCGCAUGUCCAUCUGCUCCGAGGCUCCCUCCGAGGCCAGCCUGAUGGCCAGCAGCCCUGAUGCAGACUGGCCUUCCGACUCUAUCUCCAACCUGAAUAACAACGGCACUGACACACCAGCAACCAACAGUAACGCUAACAAUAGCCACCGGGCCCACAGCAAUGACCCGCCUACCGUCCUCAUCACCCCGGGCAAUGCCACCAUUACUGCAACUGUGCAUCACAACCGCAACCUGCAGUCCAUCAGCCUGGGGGAUGAGCGGGAGAGCGUGCUCUGAGGCAGAUCUAACCAACUACUAAACUCACCUUAUUUUAGUCAUGUCACUUUGUAUCAUUGGCUUGAAGUGUGUCAAGUAUGACAGCUGACUCCAGGUUCAGAAAUGUCCUGCAUAUUAAUUUGCACUGAAUACAUACGUAAUAACUUGGGUUUGUUUUUAGUCAAAUAGAUUUUCAUCACUUAAUGUGAAAUUAUCCAUCUAGAGCUGAUUAGAAUACAUCCUUAGAUUCUUAUGUUGGUGUUUUUGAGCUAAGAAAUAUAAUUAGGUUGUUUUAGCUGCCUUAGAAGUGUAAUCUGUUGUGUGGUGUAGCUUUGUGAAACCAAACUUCUUUAGACUUUUGGAUCUCUUAAGACCAGAUGUUUCGCCUUUGAACUACCUGAAGUGGCUCUUAGCAACAAAGUAAAAAGUGCAGAUAGAGGUCAAUAUUAGAAGUGUGCUGUCAUGUGCCUUGUCUCUCUAAUGCUCUUCUCUGUUUGAGAAAGACGUGCUGUAUUGUGAUUUGAGGUGUUCUUCCUACUGUGAUUGAACAAGUGUUCUUGCAUGAGGCAUUUUCAUGUCUUUCUGUGAAUCAAUAAAUGUUGUGGCUGUUGAAA